AUGAGAGAACACCAAAAAAGAGUCGACAAAAUACUGGGUGCCCCAAAACUCUUGCAAAAAAGAGACGUUGGUCGGUUUGUUGAGCAACCCUACAGUGAUGAAGCCGCCCCGCAUGCCAUACCCAAGACCUUCAAGAUGCCGCCUUAUCUGAAAAUUUAUGACGGUACGACCGACUCCGAAGAUCAUGUAACUCACUAUGUCACCGCGGUAAAGGGCAAUGAUCUCGCCGAAGAACAAAUAUCCUCCAUCUUGUUGAAAAAGUUCGGCGAGACCCUUACCGGACGAGCAUUAACUUGGUAUUCACAGCUGCCCGCGCGCUCCAUUGAAACAUUCGAAAAGAUGGCCGACAAGUUCGUAACGGCCCAUGUUGGGGUUAAAAAGGCGGAGGCAAGAGUGAAUGAUAUAUUUACCAUCAAACAAUCACCCGGAGAGGGAUUGAGGGACUUCCUCGGUCGAUUCAACAGAGUAAGGAUGACCUUACCGAAUGUAUCGGAAGGAAUGGUUGUAGCAGCUUUCCAGAAUGGGUUGAACAUGAAUGGCUCAAGGGCGACCAGAAAACUAUUAAGUCGGCUUAUGAAAUAUCCUCCAACCACUUGGUAUGAAAUAUACAACGCCUACUGUGUCAAGGUCCGUGCCGACGAAGAUGACCUGAAUGAGCCAACCCAUCGAUUGACCUCGGUACAAGCCGAAACCAGGAAGGAUCGAAGAAAUGAUGUCAGGAGAGAUCUUUCAGCUCCACGAUCCAACCUAGAAAGGCAUCAUCCAUAUGUCAGAAUCGCCAUCAUACCCCCAUCCCGCCACGAAGAGGGCCCAUCUAGGCCAAGGACAGGGACUCACCGGAACAAGAGAGAAAUAGUCUACGCAUUGGAGAAGCUCAGACCAAAAGUAAAGUGGCCACAGAAGAUGAGUUCAGAUCCAAGCACUUGA